AUGGACACCUGGCGGGCUCUGCCGCUCUGUCUGCUUCUAGCUUCCAGGGUUGGUGUCCUCGCCCUCCAAGCGCCUGGUACCAAUCUCUCCUUCACCUCCGAAAGCUCUUCCCAGCUGGAUUUCCAAGCUGCCCACAAACUUUCAGAUUCUUCUCCAGGCACUCAAGCCUCAGCUGAUAUCCCUGAUCCCAAAUGGAUUCUGGAGGACCAGGGUUCAAAUGUUCUAUCAGGGUCCCUCUGGGCAAAUGUAUCUGAGGAGGGUGAGCCCUGGCAAUUCCCUCGGAAGCCCCUGGAUUCCACCUCGCCUGAAGUCUCUGCGUCUGAAGUGGGGUCCGAUGUUCCCGCCAGAAGCCCCGAGGCUGCCUUUCCUGUUCACACCCCGGCUUCCAGCAUUCCUGCUCAAGUCCCAGACAGCAAGUUCUCCCCAGAGGAUCUGGGACCCUCCUUGCACCAAGAGUCAGGAAUACCUGAGGGUACCCAUUCAGCGUCCAGCUUUCCCCAGCAGGUUGGAGGACCUCUGGCGGUUCUAGUGGGUACUACCAUCCGGCUGCCCCUGGUCCCAGCGCCCGUCCCCGGGCCCCCUGCCUCACUGGUGGUCUGGCGCCGAGGCUCCACUGUGCUGGCCGCUGGGGGUCUGGGGCCAGGAGCCCCUCUGAUCAGCCUGGACCCUGCCCACCGACACCGCCUGCGAUUUGACCAAGUUGGAGGGGGUCUGGAAGUCACCUCUGCCCAGCUGGGAGACGCUGGAGUCUACACAGCCGAGGUCAUCCGAGCUGGGGUCUCCCGGCAGAUUCGAGAGUUCACAGUGGGCGUGUAUGAGCCGCUGCCCCAGCUGUCCGUGCAGCCCCCCGCCCCGGAGACCGAGGAGGGGGCGUCCGAGCUGCGGCUGCGCUGCGCGGGGUGGAGGCCGGGGCGCGGGGAGCUGAGCUGGAGCCGGGACGGGCGCGCCCUGGAGGCGGAGGACCCCGCGGGCGCCGAGCCGCCGCGGAUCCGCACGGAGGGCGACCAGCUGGUCAUCGCGCGGCCAGCGCGCAGUGACCACGCCCGCUACACCUGCCAUGUGCGCAGCCCCUUCGGCCACACGGAGGCCGCGGCCGACGUCAGCGUCUUCUACGGCCCCGACCCGCCCACCAUCACGGUGGCCUCGGACCGUGACUCCGCCCCCACCUUCUACGUCACCGCGGGCAGCAACGUCACCUUGCGCUGCAGCGCCGCCUCGCGGCCACCCGCCGACAUCGCCUGGAGCCUCGCCGACCCCACCGAGGCCGCAGUGCCCGCUGGGCCGCGUCUCCUGCUGCCUGCGGUCCGGCCGGGCCACGCCGGCGCCUACGCCUGUCUGGCCGCGAACCCGCGUACUGGACGCCGCCGCCGCUCGCUGCUCAACCUCACAGUGGCCGAUCUGCCACCCGGGUCUCCAGAGUGCUCAGUGGAAGGUGGCCCUGGGGACCGUAGCCUCCACUUCCGCUGCUCCUGGCCCGGAGGGGUCCCCGCCGCCUCCUUGCAGUUCCAGGGUCUCCCCGAAGGCGUCCGUGCAGGCCCAGCGCCAUCUGCGCUCCUGGCAGCGGUCCCCGUCCAUCCCCAGCUCAGUGGCGUCCCGGUCACCUGCCUCGCUCACCACCUGAUGACCACGCGCACCUGCACCAUCACCCCAGAGGCCCCCCGAGAGGUGCUGCUACAUCCGCGGGUGGAGGAGACUCGCUCCGGGGAGGCGGAGGUGGCCCUGGAGGCCGCGGGCUGCCCCCCACCCUCCAGAGCAUCCUGGGCGCGGGAAGGCCGGCCCCUGGCCCCCGGAAGCGGAGGUCGCCUGCGGCUCAGCCAGGAUGGACGGAGGCUCCUUAUUGGCAACUUCAGCCUGGACUGGGACCUGGGAAACUACUCGGUGCUGUGCAGCGGGGCGCUGGGUGCCGGUGGCGACCAGAUCACCCUGAUUGGACCCUCCAUCUCCUCGUGGAAGCUGCAGAGAGCACAGGACGGGGCGGUGCUCACCUGGGAUGUGGAGCGUGGGGCUCUGAUCAGCGGCUUUGCGGUGCAGGCGAGGCAGGAGGGACUGGACGCAGGCAGAGCCCCCACCUACAAUAACUGGGUCUCCCUGCUGGUCCUGGGGCCUCGCGAGCGCUCCGCCGUGGUGCCCCUGCCACGGCGAAGACCCAACUCCUGGGCCUUGCGAAUCCUGCCCACCCUGGGGGGCCAGCCAGGGACCCCUUCACAAAGCCGGAUCUACCAGGCCGGUCCCACCCUGAGCCCUGGGGCCAUCGCUGGCAUCGUCCUAGGCUCCCUGUUGGGCCUGGCCCUCCUGAUCUCUCUUCUUGUCCUGUGCAUCUGCUGCCUGUGCCACUUUCGGGGAAAAGCACCUAAGAAGCCGCAGCAACCUCCAACCCUGACCCCUGUGGUCAUCCUACCAGAGAAGAAGAUGCGGAGUGUGGUGACUCCAGUGCAGACUCCGCGACCUCUGCCCCCCAAAGUCCCCACGAAGGAGCAUAGUCCAGUCAAGAGCCAUCCAGCCUCAGGUCCCAGCCCGGUCAUCUCUCCUGGUCGCGUCUCUAGAACUGUGCGGGCGGCCACCCAGGUGUGA